UUUCUUUUACAAUCUUUUCUCCGCCCCAAUUUUCUCUAGCUAGGGUUUCUGCUCCUCUCAAGUUACUCAUGGACCCCUCGAAGAAGCGCAGAGCCGACGAGAACGGCGGUUCUUUUGCUGUUGGAGAUGCGGCUCCAAUUUCAAACGGCAGUCUUUCUCCUGACGACACCCGCAAAAUUCUUGAACCAUUCACUAAAGAACAACUCAUUGACAUACUUCAAACCGCCGUUGUUCGUCACCAGGACGUCCUUGAGGCCGUGCGAUCUGUUGCCGAUGCGGAUCCUGCUAAGAGAAAGCUCUUCGUACGAGGCCUCGGACCGGAGACAACGACUGAUAAGCUUCGAGGUAUCUUCUCAUUCUUCGGAGAUCUUGACGAGGGUAUCGUCAUUACUGAUAAAACCUCCGGGAGGUCUAAAGGCUAUGGGUUCGUUACAUUCAGGCAUAUCGACGGCGCCAUUUAUGCACUUAAAGAGCCAAGCAAGAAAAUUGAUGGACGGAUGACGGUUACCCAUCUUGCUGCUUCGGGAACGAAUUCUUCAAGUAGCGGUGGUGUUGAUGUUUACCUGAGGAAGAUAUAUGUUGGAAAUAUCCCGUUCGAUAUAUCAUCGGAGAAGUUGCUGAUACACUUUUCUGCUUAUGGAGAGAUUGAGGAAGGACCAUUAGGGUUUGAUAAGCAGUCUGGGAAACCUAAAGGAUUCGCUUUCUUUAUUUACAAGACUGAGGAAGGUGCCAGGGCUUCACUAAUUGAUCCAAUCAAAACAAUUGAUGGUCACCAGUUGAACUGUAAGCUGGCGGUUGAUGGGAAAAAAUCAAAUAACGGUGCAAAUGCAGGUGGAGCUCAGGGGCCACCAGCAAACAGGUAUGGUGGUCCGGCUCCAGGAUCGAUGUCAGGCCCUAACUAUGGAAUGGGAGGUGGUUAUGGAGGCUAUGCUGCUCCUCCUCCAGCGAUGACUCAUCAAAAUCCAGGCCAUAACUCUUCAAUGGGCGGUGGUGGAGGCUAUGGGAAUCAAGGGCAGGCCUCUUAUGGUGGCGCAGGGGGUGGGUAUGGUGCUGGUUCAUAUGGAGGUCCACAAUAUGGCGGAGCUGGUGCUGGAUAUGGUGGAAUGAGCAAUCCGGCUCCUUCUAUGUAUAGGGAGCCCCAGAGUUCUAUGCCUUCUGGAGGAUACUCAGAAGGUGGGAACUAUGGAAUGUCCGGUUCUGCUCCUAGGCCACCUCCUAGUGGAAUGUACCAGGGCAUGCCACCUUAUUACUGAGGUAAUCUGUCGGGUUUGAUGUAAAUCAGGUUAUGAGAGAUUGGCGCAUUGCUUUAAAUGGUUGUGGUGAUUCGUGAUGGGACAAUGAAAUCUUUGCUUGAUAUCUGGAGUGUGAUGUAGCUGCACCUUUUAGCUCUGUCUUUGUUGACAACUAUUUGCCAAAGAUGAUUAUGUGUAGUUUUGGAAUCUUGGAUUAUGUUUGAGAAUCUUUGAUUGUGUGCAGAGCACUAGUUUAUAUCAAGACAUGUCUUGCAAUGCCAAUUUCUCUUAUACUUUGUCCUUAAUAUCACUUUGACUAUUGGUUUUACGGUUUAUACUAUUUUUUGUUUUUA